GGCGCGGGGCCCGGGAGGCCGACGCCGCCGGGGCCGCGAGUGCCAGAGGCCUCCACUCGCUCCCGAGGGCCCCUACGGGCGGGCACGCUGCUCGGGGCCCUUAGGCCAGGACCCGUCUCCCUCUCCACAGCGUCGCCAUGUCCUCGGUGUUUGGGAAACCCCGCGCGGGCAGCGGGCAGCAGAGCGCACCCCUCGAGGUCAACUUGGCUAUCCUGGGGCGCCGCGGGGUGGGCAAGUCCGAGGAUACCUACAGCUCCGAGGAGACCGUGGACCACCAGCCUGUCCACCUGAGGGUCAUGGACACUGCAGACCCGGACACCCCCAGGAACUGUGAGCGCUACCUGAACUGGGCCCACGCCUUCCUGGUGGUGUACAGCGUCGACAGCCGCCAGAGCUUUGAGGGCAGCAGCAGCUACCUGGAGCUGCUCGCUCUGCAUGAGAAGGAGACGCAGCGCAGCUACCCUGCUCUGCUGCUGGGCAACAAGCUGGACAUGGCCCAGUACAGGCAGGUCACUCAGGCAGAGGGCAUGGCCUUGGCGGGCAGGUUCGGGUGCCUGUUUUUCGAGGUCUCUGCCUGCCUGGACUUCGAGCACGUGCAGCACGUCUUCCACGAGGCAGUACGGGAGGCACGGCGGGAGAUGGAGAAGAACUCCCUGGCCAGGCCCCUCUUCAUCUCCGAGGAGAGGGCCCUGCAUCACCAGGCCCCACUCACGGCCCGGCACGGGCUGGCCAGCUGCGCCUUCAACACACUUUCUACUGCUAGCCUGAAGGAGAUGCCUGCUGUGGCCCAGGCCAAGCUGGUCACUGUAAAGUCAUCCCGGGCUCAGAGCAAGCGCAAGGCACCCACCCUGACACUGUUGAAGGGCUUCAAGAUCUUCUGA